AUGAAUCAGUGUGAGGACAGAGAGGAGGGAGGCCCUCCCUCUAAAACCACUGGACCUGGACCUGGACCAGGACCUGGACCAGGACCUGGACCUGGACCUGAGCCCAGCUGUGUGUCCUUCAAGAGUGACCGGUCUAAGGGCCGUUGUAUUACUUUUAAAGGACAACCAGCUCGUGCUGUAAAGAGGAGACCAGCCUCUACUGGACCUGGACCUGGACCUGGACCUGAGCCCAGCUGUGUGUCCAUCAAGAGUGACCGGUCAAAUCCUCGUUACAUUAAUUUUAAAGGACAACCACCGCGUGCUGUAAAGAGCAGGAGACCAGCCUCUACUGGACCUGGACCUGGACCUGGACCUGGACCUGGACCUGGACCCAGCUGUUUGUCAAUCAGGAGUGACCGGUCAAAUCCUCGUUACAUUAAUUUUAAAGGACAACCACUUCGUGCCGUAAGGAGGAGACCAGCCUCUACUGGACCUGGACCUGGACCUGGACCUGGACCUGGACCUGGACCUGAGCCCAGCUGUGUGUCCAUCAAGAGUGACCGGUCAAAUCCUCGUUACAUUAAUUUUAAAGGACAACCACCGCGUGCUGUAAAGAGGAGACCAGCCUCUACUGGAGCUGAACCUGGACCUGGACCCAGCUGUUUGUCCAUCAAGAGUGACCGGUCACAUCCUCGUUACAUCAAUUUUAAAGGACAACCACCUCGUGCUGUAAAGAGAGUCGACCAGGAGAGCUCAGAGGUUCCCAGAGGUCCGUCUGUCCAGCAGCAUCAGACACACCUGGACUCCAUAUUUAUGCUGCUGGAGGAGAACAUUGUCACUUUUGUGAAGAACGAGCUGAAGAAGGUCCAGAAGGUUCUGAGUUCAGUUUACCCAGAAUGCCCAGAGAGUCAGAGGGAAGAUGAGGAGGUGUUGGAUGGUGAGGAUGAAGAGCAGAGGAGGAGCAGCAGAGAGGCAUUUCUGAAGAUCACACUUCACUUCCUGAGGAGAAUGAAGCAGGAGGAGCUGGCUGACUGUCUGCAGAGCAAACAUCUUGCUGCAGUUUGUCAGCGUGAACUUAAAUCUAACCUUCAGAAGAAGUUCCAGUGUGUGUUUGAGGGGAUCGCUAAAGCAGGAAACCCAACCCUUCUGAAUCAGAUCUACACAGAGCUCUACAUCACAGAGGGAGGGACUGCAGAGGUCAAUGAUGAACAUGAGGUCAGACAGAUUGAAACAGCAUCCAGGAAACCACACAGACCAGAAACAACAGUCAGACAAGAAGACAUCUUUAAAGUCUCACCUGGAAGAGACGAACCAAUCAGAACAGUGAUGACAAAGGGAGUGGCUGGCAUCGGGAAAACAGUCUUAACACAGAAGUUCACUCUGGACUGGGCUGAAGACAAAGCCAACCAGGACAUACAGUUCACAUUUCCAUUCACUUUCAGAGAGCUGAAUGUGCUGAAAGAGAAAAAGUUCAGCUUGAUGGAACUUGUUCAUCACUUCUUCAUUGAAACCAAAGAAAUCUGCAGCUUUGAAGAGUUCCAGGUUGUGUUCAUCUUUGAUGGUCUGGAUGAGUGUCGACUUCCUCUGGACUUCCACAACACUGAGAUCCUGACUGAUGUUAGAGAGUCCACCUCAGUGGAUGUGCUGCUGACAAACCUCAUCAGGGGGAAACUGCUUCCCUCUGCUCACCUCUGGAUAACCACACGACCUGCAGCAGCCAGUCAGAUCCCUCCUGGGUGUGUUGACAUGGUGACAGAGGUCAGAGGGUUCACUGACCCACAGAAGGAGGAGUACUUCAGGAAGAGAUUCAGAGAUGAGGAGCAGGCCAGCAGAAUCAUCUCCCACAUCAAGACAUCACGAAGCCUCCACAUCAUGUGCCACAUCCCAGUCUUCUGCUGGAUCACUGCUACAGUUCUGGAGGAUGUGUUGAAGACCAGAGAGGGAGGAGAGCUGCCCAAGACCCUGACUGAGAUGUACAUCCACUUCCUGGUGGUUCAGGCCAAAGUGAAGAAGGUCAAGUAUGAUGGAGGAGCUGAGACAGAUCCACACUGGACUCCAGAGAGCAGGAAGAUGAUUGAGUCUCUGGGAAAACUGGCUUUUGAUCAGCUGCAGAAAGGAAACCUGAUCUUCUAUGAAUCAGACCUGACAGAAUGUGGCAUCGAUAUCACAGCAGCCUCAGUGUACUCAGGAGUGUUCACACAGAUCUUUAAAGAGGAGAGAGGACUGUACCAGGACAAGGUGUUCUGCUUCAUCCAUCUGAGUGUUCAGGAGUUUCUGGCUGCUCUUCAUGUCCAUCUGACAUUCAUCAACUCUGGAGUCAAUCUGCUGGUAGAGGAAAAAAAAACAGACCGCCAAUCUGCAGAGAAACGUCUCUACCAGAGUGCUGUGGACGAGGCCUUACAGAGUCCGAAUGGACACCUGGACUUGUUCCUUCGCUUCCUCCUGGGUCUUUCACUGCAGGCCAAUCAGACUCUCCUCCGAGGUCUGCAGACACGGACAGGAAGUAUCUCACAGACCAAUCAGGAAACAGUCGAGUACCUGAAGAAGAAGAUCAGUGAGAAUCUGUCUCCAGAGAGAAGCAUCAAUCUGUUCCACUGUCUGAAUGAACUGAAUGAUCGUUCUCUAGUGGAGGAGAUCCAACAGUACCUGAGAUCAGGACGUCUCUCCACAGAUAAACUGUCUCCUGCUCAGUGGUCAGCUCUGGUCUUCAUCUUACUGUCAUCAGAAAAAGAUCUGGACGUGUUUGACCUGAAGAAAUACUCUGCUUCAGAGGAGGCUCUUCUGAGGCUGCUACCAGUGGUCAAAGCUUCCAACAAAGCUCUGCUGUCAGGCUGUCUGAUCACAGAGGAAGGCUGUACUUCUCUGGCCUCAGCUCUGGACUCCAACCCCUCCCAUCUGAGAGAGCUGGACCUGAGUAACAACAACCUGCAGGAUUCAGGAGUGAAGCGACUUUCUGCUGAACUGAAGAGUCCACACUGUGUCCUUGAAACUCUCAGGCUGUCAGGCUGUCUGAUCACAGAGGAAGGCUGUACUUCUCUGGCCUCAGCUCUGGACUCCAACCCCUCCCAUCUGAGAGAGCUGGACCUGAGCUACAAUCAUCCAGGAGACUCAGGAGUGAAGCAGCUGUCUGCUCGACUGGAGGAUCCAGGCUGGAGACUGGACACUCUCAGGGUGGAGCCUGCUGGAGAUCGAUGGUUGACACCAGGUCUGAGGAAGUAUUCCUGUGAGCUCACAGUCGACACAAACACAGUCAACAAUUACAUCAAACUGUCUAACAACAACAGGAAGAUGACACAUGUGGAGGAGGAUCAGUCAUAUCCUGAUCAUCCAGAGAGGUUUGAGUUCAGGUGUCAUCAGCUGCUGUGUAGAACUGGUCUGACUGGUCGCUGUUACUGGGAGGUCGAGUGGAGAGGAAGUGUUGAGAUAUCAGUGAGUUACAGAAGAAUCAGAAAGAGAGGAGGCAGUAAAGGCUGUGUGUUUGGAUGGAAUGAUCAGUCCUGGAGUCUGAUCUGUUCUGAUAAUAGUAGUUACUCUGUCUGGCACAAUAAUAGAAGGACAGUCCUCUCCUCCUCCUCCUCCUUCUCCUCCUCCUCCUCCUCCUUAUUCUUCCCCUCCUCCUCCUCCUCUGGUAGAGUAGCAGUGUAUGUGGACUGUCCUGCUGGCACUCUGUCCUUCUACAGAGUCUCUGACUCACUGAUCCACCUCCACACCUUCAACACCACAUUCACUGAACCUCUUUAUCCUGGAUUUGGGUUCUCGUCCAGUUCUGGUUCCUCUUCAGUGAGUCUGUGUGGUGUUUAGUGUGCAGAGUCUCCUCCUGUCACAGAAACAUUGUCAGUGCUGAACAGUUGAGUCUGUACAGGAUCACAGUCACAUCAAUCUUUCAGCUUCUUGUAAUAAAUUCAUAAUCAACUUUGUACAAAAUUUGAUUCAAACUGAUUGAAAAGAUUCUUCAUUUACAUUUGAAACUUCUUCCAUUAAAUUGUGGAAAUUGCGUUGACUUGUACUUUCUAUCAUGUGUUGUUUUGAAUUCUGGCUCUUGUUCCAAUAAAAUCCACAACUAUUAGUGAAAUGUAAGAAACAGAAAACAUCGACUCGUCUGCAGCUUUAAUUGUAAAGAAUCAUUGUGAACAAAGUUGUCAAUGGACAGUAAAAUCUGAUCAAAUGUACUCGACACUCCACCUGAAACACUCUGACUUGUUUCAUGUGUUUCUAAUGAUGAAACUAAAAGUUUGAUGGUGUUGGUUAACACAUGUAAUUAUGUCCGUAGUGACAGAGUCAUAAACUGCACAACAUCUCUUCAUUUCUGUCUGAUUAUUAUAUGAGAAGAAAACACAUUUGAAUGACAAUCACUGUGUUUCUCUCAGUGUUUUGUGGCUGUUGAAGUCCGGCUGUAUUUUCAGGACGUUUGCUGGAUUUGAAUCUGGUCCGUCAAACUAAACAGCUGUGAGAAAAGUCUUUCUCUGUCUGAGCCGGAUGGCUGAAGAUGUUUGGAAGUCAGAGAGCCGGAUCAAAUACUGAAACACUUUCAGAGAUCACAAACUAAACUGUCCUGAUGAAGUUUUUAAACAAGCGCUGAAGAGAUUUGAGCUCAUGUUUGAUGCUUCUGAACGUUGAUGUUCAGAGCAAAGAGUCCAAAACUUGUACAAAUUGUUCCUUUUUGUUUAAAUGUGACUUUGUUCGUGAAACGAUCAGCUGACGAGUUUAUAAUCAGACUGAAAGAUGUCGCACAGCGUCACUGAAAUGUUUCUCCUCUGCUGAAGUAGUUGAAUAUAAAAGUCUACUUGUGUCCUCAUCAUGUUGUCUGUCAGUGUGGAAACUGUAAAUAAUUCAUAUUGUUUUCAUGCUAUAUUAAAGGAACCAGAACACAUGAA